GACCUGUUAUAAUUACACUGGUAUCGGGGAACCUUAUACACAAGCCUGAGUUUAAUUUCAAUGACAAAUUGCAUUUUGGGUGAACCUUUAUUAUACAUUGGGGAAUCACAGAAUAGUGGAGCAAUUUUUUACAAAACCAUGGGGUGCCAGGCAAAAACUGUGCGGGUGUAACUCACAGUGCGGCUGCCAAACAAGAAGCAAUGAAACACCACACAGCAGCAUCUGCUUCGUCGAAGAAUCCCGUUAAGUUCAGGAUUCCAACCGCUGAUAAUUUAGUUCCAAUCCGUCUGGACAUCGAGAUCGAUGGUCAGAGGUUCAGAGAUGCGUUUACCUGGAAUCCUUCUGAUCCAGAUUCAGAGGUGGUUGUAUUUGCAAGGAGGACAGUUAAAGACUUAAAGCUUCCUCCAGCAUUUGUUACGCAGAUUGCUCAAUCCAUUCAAUCACAGCUGACAGAAUUUCGAUCUUUUGAAGGGCAAGAUAUGUACACUGGGGAGAAGAUUGUCCCCAUCAAGCUUGAUCUUCGAGUGAAUCAUACGCUAAUAAAGGACCAGUUUUUGUGGGACUUGAACAACUUUGAUUGUGAUCCAGAAGAAUUUGCAAGAACAUUCUGCAGAGAUUUGGGUAUUGAAGACCCUGAAGUUGGACCUGCAAUUGCUGUUGCAAUUAGGGAACAACUAUAUGAGAUUGCAAUCCAAAGUGUAGCUUCAGCAAGGGAAACUAGAAUAAACAAGAAGGGUCGCAGAGGGGCUGAACAAUUCCCAGCCAGUAAGGCAGGUGGAACUGCAGUAGACUUGAUGAAGUUAUUUGGUAACAAAUCAAGUGCCAUUCGGAAGAGAAGGGAAUGGGAUGUCUAUGAACCCAUUGUUGAUAUUCUGUCGAAUGAGGAAGUAGAUGCCCUUGAAGCAAGAGAAGAGAGGGAUGCUCGAACAUGAAAUUUCUGUUCAUUUAUGUACCUAAAAAGUAACUAAAGCCACCAUGACCACACCAUAUUCUCCAUGAAUGUUUUGAGAAUAUGCAAAGGCAUUUGUAUGUCAGGAGAGGGGAAGAGAAGAUCAAGGUAAAGGACUAUAAGCAAAAGAUUAUUACUAUUAUAUAUAUGUAUAUAUAUAUUUUUUUGUGAUUUGAUUGUCA